CUUCUCGUGUUGGCGGCAGUGCGCGCGGAUGGUAGCUGCGUUUGCGACGCGAGUGAUGCGAGGGUGGUGUAUAACGAGAUUGGUUAUGACAUUCGCGUGAGUUUUGAAAAGGGCGAGGCACAAAGGAAGGAUUACGUGUCGGGAUUGACCCAAUUCAAAUUGAAUCCGUAUGACUCAUCCGCGGACGCGUUGAUGCAGGGAUCGACGAGAUAGUGCGUUUUCGAGACAGUGGAAUAUACGUGCGCGCACGUGUUGUUUCCCCAUAAUUUUGUUGCUGUGGUUUUAUCAGGGAAAAUUCGCGGUGAAUCGCGCGUAGUAAUAGUUUUGCAGAAUUGUGAGACAAAUAAUCGGCACGUGUGCUUUUGUAACGUGCAUGGAAAACGGUUGAUCAUUUUAUAACAAUUAUCAUGGAAACUGUUAAACAUCUGUGGAAUGUCAAUCAAUUCAUGACGAAGCUGAAGACUCCACUGACCGCAGAACUACAAACGUGUUACAUGAAAAAAUGCAGAAACCUCAGCAGAGUUGUAGAAUUACCAAAACAAAAUUUUGGACCAUCAGUCAUGUGUCCACAUUGCGGCUCACUGUGGAGCACCGUGGAUCAUCAAGUCCGAAUAGCACAUGGUAGAAAGAUGUCUAAAUCGGUGAAGAAGAUUGUGCGGCGCAUGAAUGAAAAUGACGGAGAGACUCCGAAAGUCUGUGCCUCUCUGGCAAAGAAAUCUAUAAAAAAUGAAAAGAACAAAUUGGUUAUUAAGUGUUCCUUUUGCUCGAAGAAGACGGAGCUGCCAUUUGAAAAGAAAACCCGACUGAAACCACCCAGAUUGAAUGAUUCUGAGGCAAAUACAGUACAAAGUAGUAGUAAGAAGAAGAAGAAGAAGAAAUCUAAAGACAAAUUUGCUGGUUUAAAAAUUCCAAUUUCUACACCCGAACCACAAUUGAACAAGAAAGAUGAUGAUAAAACAUCUACGAAAAUACCUGUAAUCGCACCUAAAGUAAACAAAACGUUACCUACUAUCACGAAUAAAUCUAAGAAAUUGAAUAUACAGCGAUUAAAGCAAAUCGUAGAACAUAGUACGACUACGCCUAAGAAAAGGAGUAGCUUACACAGUUUUCUAGCAGAAUUAAAAUGAAAAUAAAGGUGCACGCGUCUUUUUCUUCGAGACACUCCUCCGCGGUCACUCCAGUGGAAUCUGCUGCUUUACGACCUGCAACAACGGAGCAUGCUUUAUGCACACCGAAGUUACAGAAUUUUAAUGCAUUCCCGCGGCACAUACUACACUCGUACACCUUAUUCACUUCGAUAUGCGCAUAAAAAAGUCAACUCACAGAGGAUGGGAGAAUCGUUAUUUACGCGGAGAGACUCGGCGAACGACCGCGCGAAUCUACGAUGUCGGGAUAACGCCGAGCGCUAAAUCUUUAUUUCGGUCCUCAACAGCGCACACGAGCAGAAUCCAAUAGAAUAGAUUUUAAAUUUUGAUUUCAACUCAGAAUUACUAUCAUUGAUACAUUAAAUAUCAGGAAUUCAUAAGCCAUUUUUGCAAACCAGUUAUGUCUAAUUCUGACGAAUUUAUAAUAAAUGUUAUAUAGAAAUCGUUA